AACACGCGCAACAAAAUAUUGACGAAAACCGGAGGGGUAAAAGAGGAAAGGCGACGCCGAGCCGAGGCCGCCAGGAGCGAGGCCGGGCGGAGAGGAGAGGGGAGCGGAGCGGAGCUCGUUGAUGGUGGCUAGGGUUUCGCCGCCCGCGCCCUCGACUCACUGAAGAAGCGCCCGGCGGCAGCGCCCCUCCCUCCCCCUAAAGGCUCCGGGAAAGAGAACGCCUGCGACCGCGGCGCGGGGAUGGCGGAGCAGGAGCGGAGGGAGGCGGAGGCGGGGGGCGAGGCCGCGGCCGCGGUGGCGUCGCACGCCAUCAGGAUGCAGCGUGUCAAAGUAUACCGUUUGACUGAUGGAGGGAAGUGGGAUGAUCAAGGAACAGGGCAUGUUUCUAUUGAGUACAUUGAGGGUUCAAAAGAACUUGGUUUGACUGUUUUGGAUGAAGAGGACAAUGAGACACUACUUGUCCACAACAUCACACCUGACGAUAUAUACAGGAAGCAAGAAGAAACAAUCAUUUCAUGGAGGGAUCAUGAGGCAGCAACGGAAUUAGCACUGAGCUUCCAGGAAGCUACAGGAUGUUCCUACAUAUGGGACAACAUAUGUGACAUUCAGAGAAACCUGCAGUUCAGUAACCUUGGUGCUCUUGAAGUUGGUCCUCGUCAAGUGUCAGAAUCUCUAGAAACCUCUAGAGUAUUGCAUUCAAAUGAUGAUUCAUUCCACUCUGCUAAUGGUGAAUUGAGGGAGCUUCCUCCUGUUGAAUUAUCUAACCUUCCUUUGAUUUUAAAGACUAUAUUGGAGGGCGGCAUUACAGAUCAGAUCCGUGUGGCAGAGUUGAUAACACAAGAUCGUGAUUUUUUUCCGAAGCUAGUGGACAUUUUCAGAAUGUGCGAGGAUUUAGAGAACUUAGAUGAUCUUCACUUGAUUUUCAAACUAGUCAAGGGAAUCCUAUUAUUGAACAGUCCAUCGAUCUUCGACAAGAUUUUCUCUGAUGAGUUUAUUCUUGACAUAAUAGGCGCCCUUGAAUAUAUACUCUGUACAGAUGACCCAGAGGUUCCAAGAGUGCAAAAGCAUCGUACUUUUCUAAAGGAUCAUGUAGUUUUCAAAGAGGCAAUACCUAUUAAAAAUGAUUCUGUGGUUUCAAAGAUUCAUCAGACAUACAGAAUAGGCUAUCUUAAGGAUGUUAUAUUACCACGAAUAUUGGAUGAUGCCACUCUAGCAAGUUUGAACACAAUGAUACAUACAAAUAAUGCAUCUAUUAUUUCCUUACUAAAGGACGAUACUUGCUUUAUCAGAGAACUAUUUGCUAAAAUGAGAUCAGCAGAUAUUUCUAUGGAAUCAAAACGAGAGUUGGUUUUAUUUUUGCACGAGUUUUGCACUCUCAGUAAGAGUUUGCCACUUGUUCAACAGUUGCGACUAUUUCGGGAUCUUUCAGGUGAAGGCGUUCUCGAAAUAAUUUCUGAUGUGUUGCAGAGUCAAGAUAGAAAAAUUGUUUCAGCUGGGACAGAUAUCCUUAUACUUUUUCUUAAUCAGGAUCCUAACCUAUUGAGGUCAUAUAUUGUCCAGCAAGAAGGAAAUUCUCUUCUUGGACAUCUGGUUAAAGGCAUGGUAACUGACUUUGGUGAGGAAAUGCAUUGUCAGUUUCUAGAAAUCCUACGUAUACUGAUGGAUUAUUUUACCAUGUCUGGCGUACAUAGAGAUGCCAUCAUUGAGAUUUUCUACGAAAGGCAUCUUGACUAUUUGGUUGAUGUAAUAGCAUCCUCUUGUUCUCCGAGGAGCAUUUCCCGAAAAACAUCUAAUGCUGAAGUGCACCGAAUGAAGCCCGAGAUUUUGUUAAACAUUUGUGAACUGCUGUGCUUUUGUGUAGUUCAUCAUCCCCACAAAAUUAAAUGCAACUUUCUUAUGAACAAUGCUAUAGAGAAAAUCCUUACAUUGACUCGAUGGAGGGAGAAAUUUUUGGUUGUGGCAGCUGUUAGGUUUAUGCGUACUAUUAUCUCCAGAAAUGAUGAGCAUCUUAUUCGCCAUGUUGUCAAGUUCAACCUGUUGAAACCAAUAAUUGAUGCCUUUGUUGAAAAUGGGGAUAGAUACAACAUGCUACACUCAGGAGUACUCGAAUUGUUGGAAUACAUACGGAAGGAAAAUCUAAAAUCUCUUGUCAUCUAUGUAAUUGAGUCCUUCUGGGAUCCACUUUUAAAGUUUGAACACUUCGGGAGUAUUCAGGCCUUCAAACUCAAGUAUCAACAGUACUUGGAGAGUGCUGAAACAAGGCCAAGUGCUAGUGCGCCUGACACAAGAAAGAAGGCAGAAGAAAGAGGUCUUGAGAAGGAAGAGGAAGAUUAUUUCAACAAGGACAGUGAUGAAGAAGAUUCAGGCUCUGGCCGGCGGGCUAAACAUGCACAGAACGAACAUAGUAAGGCUAAGGUAGCCAAUGGAAGUGAAGCUGAUGAUAGGUCUCAAUUUUUUGAUCCCCGGCUUUUGAGGCCCAAAUCAGCUGGACUUGUAGACUAUGACGAUGAUGACGAUGAGGAUUUCAAUCCGCCACAGAAGGAGCCUGAUAGGCCAUCAGAGGAUGAUGAGCCCUUAAAGAUAUCCACCGUGAAGCAGAAGUUAGUGAAUUCGGUGGAUGGAAAACAUGCAGAUGGGGAGGUUCGCAAGAGGCAAAAGAUAGAAACCAGAAUUAGUUGUGCUAAAAUUGCUGCUGUCACUAGUAUGGCUAGUAAACACACAGAUUCACAGAACAAGCAUGCCCCACUCUCGCCUACCUCAAGCACGCCAAGUACUGAAGCCAAUGGUGUUUUGGGGGAGCAUGGCACAAAUUCUGAGGAGCAUCAACAUUCCCCAGAGAACACAGAAACUUCGCGGCAAACUGGAGGUGAUUGUAUAAAAGAUGUGGGCAGUAUGUCUACCGAGAAGGCUGUAAAUACCACAAAAACAAGCGAUUCAGAGCCUUAUUCAGUCCGAUAACAACACCUUUUCCACAACUGGUUUAUCCCUGUACCCAAUCCAUCACCAAUGCUUGCCAACAGAUAGGAAUCGGAACCUGUUUGGCUCCAAAGGCCGAAUCCUUUUAUCUCAAGCUGGAAGCAUGAUUGGAGGUGACAUAGGUCGUGCCUCCCUUUAUAUCUUGAGUAAAAUUCCAGCUACGACUUGUGAGCCUGUAAAGUUAAUUUUCCGCAAGGGAAGAUGAAAAAAACUGAGAAUUUGGAUGCCGGUCACGUCAGCAUUGAAUGGGCCUCGCUCCUGCUGCUGCGCUAGCUUAUUGUACCUGUUUAGGAGCUUCUGAAGGAGCAGUGAAUAUGUGCCCUUUUUGCCAUUAUUUCUCACUACAUUAUUGACUGGGAUGUUACGGUUGUAAAACAAGUAGGAAAGGAUAGUUUCAGGUGAGCAGCGUUUCGCAAGAGUUUGUGCUAACUUACCCUAUAAAAUUGUAAUUUGUUGAUUCAUGUUUUGGCUGGACACGGUGUCUUGGAUAAAUAAUCAAUUCACGUGAUAAAGUAAUUUAUGCGGAA